AUGGCACCAAGCUAUCCUGAUCCAGGUGCCAUAUGGACGGCAGGAAAGCAAUACCAGAUCCUAUGGGGUGAUGAUGGAAAAUCCCCCAGUGUGAAUGAGAGUUGGACCAAUUUUAAGAUAGAUUUUAUGACUGGAGACAAUGCGAACCAAACAUUUCUUACAAACGUCGCAAAGGAUUUGGAUGGUAGCAAAACGACCUCAUACACUUGGACUGCACCCCAUGUGGAUCCUUAUUCCGCCAUUUACUUUUUUAUGUUUACCAAUGCUGCUGGUGAGACUGCAUGGACUACACGAUUUGGCAUUGUGGCGAAGGAUGGCGACACGUUGGUUCCUGAACAAGAAAAAACUCAGUCCACAGGCGAGAAGAUCCCAUGGGGUAAUGGCAAAUUGGUUGAUAAUAAUACCAAUACCGCAACCAAUGCUUCAACAACCUCCUCAACAGCCUCGUCAGCAACGGCAUCCCCUGCAUCAGGACCUCCUGCUGCCACCAGUGGAGAUGAUACGGGAGUGACACCUAACGCAGCAGCAGCAGCAGCUGAUACUUCCCAUCAUCCAGAAUCCAGUGUUACCAAACAUGACCCAUCAUUAUGGUGGAUUACCACCACCCUCUUUUCCUCUGCUGUUGUUGCCUUGCAUAGCGUGUAUCAGUAG